AUGGGAAACAUCACAAUCUUCACAGAAUUUCUCCUUAUGGAUAUUGCAAGCUCUCGAGAACUCCAAGUCCUGCAAGGUUUAAUUUUCUUAGUGAUUUAUCUGGGAGCCAUAGCUGGCAAUCUUCUGACUGUUACUGUCAUUAUGACAGACUCAUAUCUUCAUUCCCCAAUGUACUUCUUUAUAGGCAAUUUAUCAUUUUUAGAUUUUUGCUAUAUCUCAGUAACUGUUCCUAAAUCAAUUGUGAAUAAUCUAACGGGCAGCAAAUUAAUUUCUCUCAGAGAGUGUGUCACUCAAACUUUCCUGUAUCUAUUUUUUGGAUCCACAGAGUAUUUUUUGCUUGUGGUCAUGUCUUAUGACCGCUAUGUUGCCAUUUGUCACCCUCUGCAUUAUCAGCUCAUUAUCACUCGAUGUGUGUGCACACAAAUCUCAGGGGGCGCAUGGGCCAGUGGACUGGUCUAUUCUGCAAUCCACACAGGCACCGUAUUCAGACUUCCUUUCACAAAAUCCAAUGUGAUCCACCAAUUUUUCUGUGACAUCCCUCCAAUCCUAAGCAUCUCAUCUAAGUCUGUUCAGCUUUCUGAAACAGUAGCCCUUGCAUAUCUGGAUUAUUUGCUUAUUUGGGCCCCAUCUCAAAUGCGUCGACUAUUAGAAGCCUCCUCACGACUAUGUUCUACUCCAUGGUGUCCCCCUUAA